GCGGAGGGCACAUCUAGGCACAGGGCAGAAGGGGUCCUGUCAUGGUGCGGAACAAGUGAUUGAGGGAGGCAGCGCUAUGAGGGAGAGGCGCGGCUAAGCUCUUGCACACGAGAGUCGCCUCUCUCGACACCAUGGACAGGGCCCAGCGCCUGCGCCUCAUUCUUCAGGGCCUCAUUUGGGCAUGGAUCUACCGGCAUACAGAUGCGGCGGGGGGCAGUCUGUUGGAGGCGCUGGGCGUGGCUCAGCAGCCGAUGGGCGUGGAGCAGACCCGGGGGAUGUGCGACGACCGUGCAGGUCAGGGCCCCGACACCGCCUUCAAGGUCACCAAGCAGACUGUCCUCACCGUCCCGACGGCGCAGCUCUUUAAAGACCAAUUUCCCGAAGACUUUAGCAUCAUGGCCACCCUGAGACCCGACCAAGGCUCGAGCUCCGUGCUGUUCGGCUUGUACUCGGACGCCGGCGACGACCAGCUCCUGGUGGAGGUGGGCGACACCGUCAAGCUCUUCUACCAGGACGAGGAGGGGAAGCCCAAGGGAGGCAACGACCUGGAGUUCGGCGUCGCGAUCAACGACGGGAAGUGGCAUCGCCUCGGGCUCAGCGUGAAGGGAAACAGCAUCACUCUCCUGGUGGACUGCGAGACCAACACCACCCUGCUCCUCCGCCGCCCGUCGCCGUCGCACGUGUCCAACGCCGGCAUCAUCCUCCUCGGCCAACAGCUCCUCGAGGAGAAGUACUUCGCCGGCGACAUCCAACAGCUGGACAUCGUGUCGGGCCCGGAGGCCGCCUACGAGCACUGCGACUACUACAUGCCCGAAUGCGACUGGGAGCUGCCAGCCUCGCUCAGCGCCGGCCAGACGCAGUUCGAGUACGUGGACAGGACCGAAGAACAGCUGGUCUACAACGAGGAGGAAUUCGUUGCGGACAACGUCACGGGUUUGGACACCAGCGGGCUGGAGUACCCUCCGCCGCGCAUCCUGCGGGGCCACCCAGGACCCCAGGGCCCCCCGGGACCCAUGGGGCCCAAGGGCGACCCAGGCCGCGACGGAAUCCCGGGCACUGACGGCGUCUCAGGGCCGCCCGGUCACGUGUUCAUGAUCCCGCUCAACAUCGACGCCAACAACAAGGGACCGGACGCCAUGGUGCAGCAGCUGCAGAGCAUGCUGUCGCAGCACAUGGAUGCCAUGCGCGGCGCCGACGGCCCCAUGGGCCUCACGGGGCUGCCGGGUCCCGAGGGCCCGCCUGGUGAGACCGGGUACAAGGGCGAGCCCGGGGAGGUCGGAGAACCGGGUCCUCGAGGCUUGCGGGGCAACAUGGGCAUGGCUGGCCGCAUGGGGCGCCGCGGGCGGCCGGGGCGCGACGGCGAGCGAGGUCUGUCGGGCAUCCCGGGGUCCAAGGGCGAGCCGGGCCUGCGCGGCCUGCCAGGUAUACCUGGUGACAAGGGUCACCGAGGUCCCGUCGGCAUGACAGGACCUGUCGGUCUGCCGGGUCACGAGGGAAUGCCUGGCGAGGCCGGGACGCCCGGUGUCCCAGGUCUCCCCGGAGAGAUGGGUCCACGAGGCUUCAUCGGCCCCCGAGGCUUCCCUGGGCUUCCAGGACCUCCAGGGAUCCCAGGCAGCGAGGGCACCACGGGGCCGAAGGGCAGCAACGGCCCACCGGGACAACCUGGUCCGCCUGGCCAAGCCGGCCCCCUUGGCGCGAUCGGCCCACCCGGCCCUCAGGGCUUAAUCGGUCCACCUGGCCCCGCGGGUCCCCGAGGCAAGCCUGGCUUGGCCGGCCUUCCGGGCGCCGACGGCCUCCCCGGCCACCCCGGCAACCCGGGCAUCGUAGGAUCCAAGGGAGACAAAGGGCCGGUCGGGCCGCAGGGAACCCUCGGCUUCCCUGGGCCGCGCGGGGUCAAGGGCGACCAAGGGAACCGCGGGAUGCAGGGCGAGAAGGGCAGCAAGGGCGACCUGGGCCCCGACGGAGAGAAGGGAGACAUCGGCCCCAAGGGCGAGCGAGGCGAGGUCGGACCCGAGGGACAGACUGGCCUCGAGGGCCCCGAAGGACCCAAGGGCUUCGAAGGGCCGCGGGGCGAGACGGGACCCCCGGGCCCCAACGGCGAGAAGGGCAAGCUCGGAGUGCAGGGCUUCCCAGGGUACCCAGGUCCCCCCGGGGAUAAGGGUGACAAGGGCUCGCCGGGGCUGACGGGUCGAACGGGUGACAAGGGCGAGCGCGGGAACGUCGGUCUGCCCGGCGAACGGGGCGAGCAGGGCCCCAGGGGCUUCCGAGGCUCCCGCGGCCGCCGAGGAAAGAUGGGUCUGAACGGCCCCAAGGGCGACACCGGCCAGCCAGGACCCCCCGGGCCCAUUGGCGAGCAGGGUCCCCAGGGUCCCGAGGGCCCUAGGGGCUUCGCUGGUCCCGCUGGGCCACCUGGCGUCGACGGCAAGGACGGCAUCAUGGGGCCCCCGGGAGAGCGCGGUCCUCCGGGCGAAGCUGGGAACCAAGGAGCACCUGGGCCUCCGGGCGUGGUUGGCCCCAUGGGUUCCGCCGGCGAGCCUGGCCCCACCGGAGAUCCUGGUCCUGCCGGUACAUCGGGCGUGCCAGGGGAACCCGGAAGGCCGGGCGAGGCGGGCAAGGAGGGCGCUCCGGGUCCCAUGGGUCCUGCAGGAAAGACGGGCCCCGUGGGUCCUCCAGGUCCGCCGGGCUUCCCAGGAGAGCGAGGCUUGCCGGGCAUCCCCGGAGCAACGGGCCUGAAGGGCGAGAUGGGACCCCCAGGGCCAGCCGGAUCCACCGGGGACAAGGGCGCCAUGGGCUUGGCCGGCGAGGCAGGCCCACAAGGACCCAUGGGCAAGACCGGACCUCGAGGCAGCCGCGGUUCAUCCGGAGCCAAGGGAGAGAGUGGAGAUCCAGGCGUACCCGGACCGACUGGGCGCGAUGGUCUCCCCGGACCGAGAGGUCUACCUGGCCCCCCUGGCCCUGUCGGCGAACCGGGCGAGGACGGCGACAAGGGCGAGGCUGGUUCACCGGGAGAGAAGGGCUUCAAGGGCGACAAGGGCAACCAAGGUCCCGCAGGGCCUCCAGGUCCUCAGGGUCUGCGAGGUGCACCUGGAGCCCCGGGAGCACCCGGUGAACGCGGUUCCCCCGGCGGUAUGGGCCAUGCUGGCCGCAAGGGCGAGGACGGCCCACAGGGUCUUCCUGGCCCGACCGGACCACCCGGCCUCCAGGGCCUGCCUGGUCCCUCCGGCGUCAAGGGCGAGAAGGGAGACAUCGGCAAGAGAGGCCUCCCCGGCCCCCUCGCCAUCGGCGAGCAAGGCGUCCCCGGAAGCAAGGGCGGCCCUGGCCUCCCAGGACCCAACGGGCCCGACGGCCCCCAGGGUGCCAAGGGAGAUCCAGGCCAGACCGGCCCACCCGGUCCACCCGGCAAAGACGGCGAACACGGACGCGAAGGACCUGCCGGACCCAAGGGCGAGGAGGGCAAGCCAGGGCUCCAGGGAUCCCCGGGCAUUCGUGGCCCGAUCGGUCCGCCCGGCCCCAAGGGCAACGCCGGCCCACCCGGCUUCCCCGGCGCCGUGGGAGAACCCGGCAAGCAAGGGCCUAAGGGCAACCCCGGCAAGGACGGCGACGACGGCAAGGUCGGAGAGCCAGGGCCCCCCGGGGAGCCCGGCUCACCCGGCCAGAUGGGGCUCCCGGGCAGCAACGGAAAGCCGGGUCCUGAGGGGCCGGCUGGCGUGCAGGGGCCCCCAGGGCAGCCGGGAGAGAAAGGAGACACGGGCACGACUGGACCUGUGGGGCCUCCGGGUGCCACUGGGCCCCAGGGUCUUCCUGGACCUGAGGGGCUGCCUGGCUUGCGAGGAUCUCCUGGACCUGCUGGCGACCUGGGUCUUCCGGGCAAGGACGGAGCCCCAGGGCAACCAGGUCUUCCAGGUCUCCCGGGUCUCAAGGGCCAGAAGGGCUCCCGAGGCCGCCGCGGGCCGAAGGGACACCGCGGAGAGAUCGGCAUUUCCGGCCCCAAGGGCGACAUGGGCGAGAAGGGCGAGCCCGGCAAGAACGGGCCGCAAGGUCCAUCUGGCUUCAAGGGCGAACCCGGGCCUUUGGGCAUCUUAGGCAUGAAGGGUUCGGAUGGACCCCAGGGUCUGCCAGGUGACAUCGGACCUCCCGGGCCCAAGGGCGUGCCUGGAGCAACUGGCCCCAAAGGAGAACAGGGUCCUUCAGGUCCUCCAGGUCCUCCGGGUCCUCCAGGAGAACUGCCGUUGCUUCCUCCGGAGCUCCUCUUCCAGCGCGAUGCUCCCUACGAUCCUGACGACUCUGGCCGCUUCAAGAGGUCGCCAAGAGGCUCGGACGACUGUAGGAUAGGCGAAGUGUGUGACGACACCCCUGAAGAUGACAUCUCCCCCUCAGUGCCCGCUGGGGGGAGAGGUCGAGCAGGUGGUAGGAGACGCAGACCACCCUCAGCCGUCCCAGUGGAUAGUCUGUUGGAGGCGCUGGGCGUGGCUCAGCAGCCGAUGGGCGUGGAGCAGACCCGGGGGAUGUGCGACGACCGUGCAGGUCAGGGCCCCGACACCGCCUUCAAGGUCACCAAGCAGACUGUCCUCACCGUCCCGACGGCGCAGCUCUUUAAAGACCAAUUUCCCGAAGACUUUAGCAUCAUGGCCACCCUGAGACCCGACCAAGGCUCGAGCUCCGUGCUGUUCGGCUUGUACUCGGACGCCGGCGACGACCAGCUCCUGGUGGAGGUGGGCGACACCGUCAAGCUCUUCUACCAGGACGAGGAGGGGAAGCCCAAGGGAGGCAACGACCUGGAGUUCGGCGUCGCGAUCAACGACGGGAAGUGGCAUCGCCUCGGGCUCAGCGUGAAGGGAAACAGCAUCACUCUCCUGGUGGACUGCGAGACCAACACCACCCUGCUCCUCCGCCGCCCGUCGCCGUCGCACGUGUCCAACGCCGGCAUCAUCCUCCUCGGCCAACAGCUCCUCGAGGAGAAGUACUUCGCCAACUUCUCAUCCGCCAAUUCAGAUUUACCAGUAUUUAAAAAGAAUGCAUUACAGAUAGCAAGCGACAUCCAAACAGCUGGACAUCGUGUCGGGCCCGGAGGCCGGCCUACGAGCACUGCGACUACUACAUGCCCGAAUGCGACUGGGAGCUGCCAGCCUCUCCUCAGCGCCGGCCAGACGCAGUUCGAGUACGUGGACAGGACGAAGAACAGCUGGUCUACAACGAGGAGGAAUUCGUUGCGGACAACGUCACGGGUUUGGACACCAGCGGGCUGGAGUACCCUCCGCCGCGCAUCCUGCGGGCCACCCAGGACCCCAGGGCCCCCGGGACCCAUGGGGCCCAAGGGCGACCCAGGCCGCGACGGAAUCCCGGGCACUGACGGCGUCUCAGGGCCGCCCGGUCACGUGUUCAUGAUCCCGCUCAACAUCGACGCCAACAACAAGGGACCGGACGCCAUGGUGCAGCAGCUGCAGAGCAUGCUGUCGCAGCACAUGGAUGCCAUGCGCGCCGACUGGCCCCAUGGGCCUCACGGGCUGCCGGGUCCCGAGGGCCCGCCUGGUGAGACCGUACAAGGCGAGCCCGGGGAGGUCGGAGAACCGGGUCCUCGAGGCUUGCGGGGCAACAUGGGCAUGGCUGGCCAUGGGCGCCGCGGGCGGCCGGGGCGCGACGGCGAGCGAGGUCUGUCGGGCAUCCCGGGGUCCAAGGGCGAGCCGGGCCUGCGCGGCCUGCCAGGUAUACCUGGUGACAAGGGUCACCGAGGUCCCGUCGGCAUGACAGGACCUGUCGGUCUGCCGGGUCACGAGGGAAUGCCUGGCGAGGCCGGGACGCGUGUCCCAGGUCUCCCCGGAGAGAUGGGUCCACGAGGCUUCAUCGGCCCCCGAGGCUUCCCUGGGCUUCCAGGACCUCCAGGGAUCCCAGGCAGCGAGGGCACCACGGGGCCGAAGGGCAGCAACGGCCCACCGGGACAACCUGGUCCGCCUGGCCAAGCCGGCCCCCUUGGCGCGAUCGGCCCACCCGGCCCUCAGGGCUUAAUCGGUCCACCUGGCCCCGCGGGUCCCCGAGGCAAGCCUGGCUUGGCCGGCCUUCCGGGCGCCGACGGCCUCCCCGGCCACCCCGGCAACCCGGGCAUCGUAGGAUCCAAGGGAGACAAAGGGCCGGUCGGGCCGCAGGGAACCCUCGGCUUCCCUGGGCCGCGCGGGGUCAAGGGCGACCAAGGGAACCGCGGGAUGCAGGGCGAGAAGGGCAGCAAGGGCGACCUGGGCCGACGGAGAGAAGGAGACAUCGGCCCCAAGGGCGAGCGAGGCGAGGUCGGACCCGGGACAGACUGGCCUCGAGGGCCCGAAGGACCCAAGGUGAGCGGGAAGGGGGAGGGAGACGAGGGGGAGCGCUGGGUGUGCGGGAGUGCGUGCGCUGCGCCUUCACUUGUAUUCGCCUUGCGAAGGGCUUCGAAAGGGCCGCGAGGCGAGACGGGACCCCGGGCCCAACGGCGAGAGGAAGCUCGGAGUGCAGGGCUUCCCAGGGUACCCAGGUCCCCCCGGGAUAAGGGUGACAAGGGCUCGCCGGGGCUGACGGGCGAACGGGUGACAAGGGCGAGCGCGGGAACGUCGGUCUGCCCGGGCGAACGGGGCGAGCAGGGCCCCAGGGGCUUCCGAGGCUCCCGCGGCCGCCGAGGAAAGAUGGGUCUGAACGGCCCCAAGGGCGACACCGGCAGCCAGGCCCCCGGGCCCAUUGGCGAGCAGGCCCCAGGGUCCCGAGGGCCUAGGGGCUUCGCUGGUCCCGCUGGGCCACCUGGCGUCGACGGCAAGGACGGCAUCAUGGGGCCCCCGGGAGAGCGCGGUCCUCCGGGCGAAGCUGGGAACCAAGGAGCACCUGGGCCUCCGGGCGUGGUUGGCCCCAUGGGUUCCGCCGGCGAGCCUGGCCCCACCGGAGAUCCUGGUCCUGCCGGUACAUCGGGCGUGCCAGGGGAACCCGGAAGGCCGGGCGAGGCGGGCAAGGAGGGCGCUCCGGGUCCCAUGGGUCCUGCAGGAAAGACGGGCCCCGUGGGUCCUCCAGGUCCGCCGGGCUUCCCAGGAGAGCGAGGCUUGCCGGCAUCCCCCAGGCUUUCAGACACGCUAUUUACUAUGUUCGCUGUCAUCUAUCUUUUCUUGGGUUCCUUGUCACUCAAUUCGUCUGCUUUUCAUCCCUUAGCCUCCACAGGCAACGGGCCUGAAGGGCGAGAUGGGACCCCAGGGCCAGCCGGAUCCACCGGGGACAAGGGCGCCAUGGCUUGGCCGGCGAGGCAGGCCCCAAGGACCCAUGGGCAAGACCGGACCUCGAGGCAGCCGCGGUUCAUCCGGAGCCAAGGGAGAGAGUGGAGAUCCAGGCGUACCCGGACCGACUGGGCGCGAUGGUCUCCCGGACCGAGAGGUCUACCUGGCCCCCCUGGCCCUGUCGGCGAACCGGGCGAGGACGGCGACAAGGGCGAGGCUGGUACCGGGAGAGAAGGCUUCAAGGGCGACAAGGGCAACCAAGGUCCCGCAGGGCCUCCAGGUCCUCAGGGUCUGCGAGGUGCACCUGGCCCCGGAGCACCCGGUGAACGCGGUUCCCGCGGUAUGGGCCAUGCUGGCCGCAAGGGCGAGGACGGCCCACAGGGUCUUCCUGGCCCGACCGGACCACCCGGCCUCCAGGGCCUGCCUGGUCCCUCCGGCGUCAAGGGCGAGAAGGGAGACAUCGGCAAGAGAGGCCUCCCCGGCCCCCUCGGCCCCAUCGGCGAGCAAGGCGUCCCCGGAAGCAAGGGCGGCCCUGGCCUCCCAGGACCCAACGGGCCCGACGGCCCCCAGGGUGCCAAGGGAGAUCCAGGCCAGACCGGCCCCCCGGUCCACCCGGCAAAGACGGCGAACACAAAGAUGAUUGGACGCGAAGGACCUGCCGGACCCAAGGGCGAGGAGGGCAAGCCAGGGCUCCAGGGAUCCCCGGGCAUUCGUGGCCCGAUCGGUCCGCCCGGCCAGGGCAACGCCGGCCCACCCGGCUUCCCCGGCGCCGUGGGAGAACCCGGCAAGCAAGGGCCUAAGGGCAACCCCGGCAAGGACGGCGACGACGGCAAGGUCGGAGAGCCAGGGCCCCCGGAGCCCGGCUCACCCGGCCAGAUGGGGCUCCCGGGCAGCAACGGAAAGCCGGGUCCUGAGGGGCCGGCUGGCGUGCAGGGGCCCCCAGGGCAGCCGGGAGAGAAAGGAGACACGGGCACGACUGGACCUGUGGGGCCUCCGGGUGCCACUGGGCCCCAGGGUCUUCCUGGACCUGAGGGGCUGCCUGGCUUGCGAGGAUCUCCUGGACCUGCUGGCGACCUGGGUCUUCCGGGCAAGGACGGAGCCCCAGGGCAACCAGGUCUUCCAGGUCUCCCGGGUCUCAAGGGCCAGAAGGUCCGAGGCCGCCGCGGGCCGAAGGGACACCGAGAGAUCGGCAUUUCCGGCCCCAAGGGCGACAUGGGCGAGAAGGGCGAGCCCGGCAAGAACGGGCCGCAAGGUCCAUCUGGCUUCAAGGGCGAACCCGGGCCUUUGGGCAUCUUAGGCAUGAAGGGUUCGGAUGGACAGGGUCUGCCAGGUGACAUCGGACCUCCCGGGCCCAAGGGCGUGCCUGGAGCAACUGGCCCCAAAGGAGAACAGGGUCCUUCAGGUCCUCCAGGUCCUCCGGGUCCUCCAGGAGAACUGCCGUUGCUUCCUCCGGAGCUCCUCUUCCAGCGCGAUGCUCCCUACGAUCCUGACGACUCUGGCCGCUUCAAGAGGUCGCCAAGAGGCUCGGACGACUGUAGGAUAGGCGAAGUGUGUGACGACACCCCUGAAGAUGACAUCUCCCCCUCAGUGCCCGCUGGGGGGAGAGGUCGAGCAGGUGGUAGGAGACGCAGACCACCCUCAGCCGUCCCAGUGGAUAGACGACGCAAGAAUCGGCGGAGAGGAGGUUACAAGGCUAGGGAAGCUGUGCAGAGUGACGUGGACACCAGAAGGGAGGCCGUCGACGAGGCCAAGAAGCCCGGCGUCACUCGCAGCGAGACCGACGACUUCGACAUGACGAUGCUCGACAUGUACACCAACAUCUACACCAUGCGGCAGGACCUCGAGCGCCUCAAGAAGCCCAUCGGCACCAAGGAGAACCCGGCCAGGACGUGCAAGGACCUCUACUACGGAUACCCGAAGUUCAUCACGUACGAGACGACGGGCGUGGUCCAGAUGAACUUCCUGCGCCUCCUGUCCUCCUACGCCUACCAGAACUUCACGUACUCCUGCCUCCAGUCCAAAGCUUGGUUUGACCAGGAGAACCUCAACCACAAUAAAGCCAUCAAGCUCAUGGGACAAGAUGAACAGAUAUUUUCCAUCGAUACACUUCAGCCGAAUGUUCUCACGGAUGGGUGUGCUGCCUCGAAAGGCGUCUCGCAGGACAAGUCCCGGACCGUCUUCGAGGUGCGCACGGAGACCCUCUCCCAUCUUCCCCUCGUCGACUUCCAGCCCACGGACUACGGCCUGCCCAACCAGGCGUUUGGGUUCGAGGCAGGGCCCGUCUGCUUCAAGUAGGAGCUUCGAACUCUCGUGCUUCACCUCGGCGCGCUUCGGGUCUUCGCUCCCGCCUCUGUCAUCGAUGGACGCGUCCUGCGACCCCCGCUCGACCUCCUCCGCCUCGUGCCUCGGGGACCCACGUCGCCGGGCCGCAGGGCUCAGGAGGCGGAAGGGUCCAGGACAUCCUGAAGGAAGGCCUGAAGGAUCCGAAGAAGGACCCGAAGGACUUGGAGGCCCUGAAGA